UUUAAAGGUAUGGAUUAUGGAAAUGACUUCUGUGGGAGUGGGAUUCCUUCAAAACAUCAAGAAACUCACACAGGGGAGAAACCAUAUAAAUGUAUGGAGUGUGGAAAGAGAUUCCUUUUGAGUAGGCACCUUAAUGCACAUCAUCGCACUCACACUGGUGAGAAACCAUUUAGAUGUUUGGAGUGCGGAAAGACCUUCAGUCAGAGUGGAAACUUUAAAAGACAUCAACAAACUCACACAGAAGAGAAGCCAUUUAAAUGCAUAGUGUGUGAAAAGAGCUUCAGUCAGAGUGGAAACUUAAAAAUACAUCAGCGAACUCACACUGGGGAGAAACCAUUUAGAUGUAUGGAGUGCGGAAAGACCUCCAGUAAUAGUGGAAACUUUAAAAGACAUCAACGGACUCACACAGGAGAGAAACCAUUUAAAUGCAUGGAGUGUGGAAAGAGCUUCACUAUUAAUGGAAACCUUAGAAGACAUCAAUGGGAACACACUGGGGAGAAACCAUUUAAAUGCAUGGAGAGUGGGAAAAGCUUCAGUCAGAGUGGACACCUUAAAAAGCAUCAACAAACUCACACAGGGCAGAAACGAUUUAAAUGUAUGGAGUGUAGAAAGAGCUUCAGAGACAGUGGAAUGCUUAGAAGACAUAACCUAACUCACACAGGGGAAAAACCAUUUAAAUGUAUGGAGUGUGGAAAGAGCUUUUGUGAUAGCGGAACGCUAAUAAUCCACCAGCGAACUCACACAGGGGCAAGACCUUUUAAAUGCAUGGAGUGUGGAAAGAGCUUCAGUCAGAGUGGAAACCUUAAAAAGCAUCAACGAACUCACACAGAGCAGAAACCAUUUAAGUGCAUAGAGUGUGGAAAGAGCUUCAGAGAUAGCGGACACCUUAGAAGACAUAACCUAACUCAUACAGGGGGGAAACCAUUUAAAUGCACGGAGUGUGGAAAGACCUUCCGUGAAAGGGCAACGCUUUCCGCACAUCUCCGAAUUCACACGGGCGACAAACCAUUUAAAUGCAUGGAGUGUGGAACAUGCUUCCGUCAUAGAGGAUCACUGAAAAUGCAUCAAUAUACUCAUACAGGAGAGAAACCAUAUAAAUGUUUUGAGUGUGGAAAGUGCUUCAGUCACAGUGGAAAGCUUAAUGCACACCUACAAAUUCACACAAGGGAGAAACCUUUUAAAUGCAUGGAUUGUGGAAAGAGCUUCAUUAAUAGUGGAAAACUUAGAAGACAUCAGCAAACUCACAUGGGAAAAACAAUUUGAAUGUAUGUUUGGUUGCAGAAUAAAUCCAGGCAUAUCUGGAGCUUGUGGACCAUUUGGACUGCAUUUGUUCCAGUUGGGUUUCACGCCCUGCCAUCAGACUUUAGUCAAGACAUAGGACGAUGCAGAAGGUAGUCUCGCUUGUCGCACUUUUAAAACGUAGGACGAUGUAGAAGGAAGAUAUCAGCAUGGCAUUGCCAAUAGGAACUGUGCAUUAUAAUCUUUGGACUUGACAAUCCUUGGGCUUUACGAUACCAAUAUAUGAUAGGUUGCCAUCAGGAACUGUGCUUUUUGAUAUGACGUCCAGGAGCAGGGCCAUAUCAAACUCCAAAACCACCAUUCCAGAGCUUUGCUGUGUUCACAGCCCAGCUCUCUCUCUCUCUCUCUCUCUCUCUCUCUCUCUCUCUCUCUCUCUCUCUCUCUCCAGGACAUCUUCCGGGCUCUGAAUUCUUCCUUGGCUGUCUUGGGAAUUUCAUCUUUUUUCCAUGAGCCAGCCAGCUGUGGUUGGGGGUCUCGCCUGGCUGUGGGCAGCUGGGUGGGACUUUUUAAAUUUGCUUUGGCCUUUAGUUAACCUGCAUUCAUAUCUUACCUUUCCUCCAAGGAAGUAGAGGCAACCUGGGUGCUUCUCCAGCUCCCUUUUUAUCCGCACAACAACCACCUUGUGAGGUAGGCUAGGCUGAGACACAGUGGGUGACCCAGGGGUUGGAUUUGAACCCUGGUCUCCCAGGUCCUACACAGGAGCCACUGCAGCGCCUUGACUUGGGAUUCAUAUGCUUUGUUAGGCCUCAAAAGUCCAACUUUUUUUUUUUAAGAACAGAACAGCAGCCCCAAUACACAGGAAGCUGCCUUCUAGGGAGUCAGGUAAUUGGUCAAUCUAGGCCAGGAAUGUCUUCACUGACUGGCAGCAGCAACCCAAGAUCUGUCUGAAGACGAAGGGCCUCUCCCAGAUGCCGGGGGUGGGGGGUGGGGUGUUGAACCUGGGACCUUUUUCUUGGAUGCAAUGCAGAUAGAAUAACAAAAUUAUAUUUAGUUAGUUAGUUAGUUAGUUAGUUAGUUAGUUAGUUAGUUGAUUGCAGAAACCCUCAAAGCGGUUAAAAAUCAGAUGAAACUAAAAGACUGAGGAAAAUUCACAACCAUGCAGUCCAAUCCUUUCCGGAGAACAGCAGCGUCAAUGCCUAUGAUUUCAGAAUCACAGCUGAACAAUCCCCAAGAAAUGAAAAUCGAAUUGGGAUUCUUUGCACCCCAAUGAUUGCCAAGAGGCUGAUAUUGAUUAACUAACUGGAAGAAUAAAAACGUGACAACACGAUAGAAGAUGCAACACAUGAAUGCAGACUGUGUUUGUACAUAUAUAUAUUGAUAUUAGGAAUGAGUUCAUACAAAAUGUAGUGGGUUAUUAGUGACCAUGUAUGUAUUAGGAUAGGGGACCCGGGUGGCUCUGUGGGUUAAACCACUGAGCCUAGGGCUUGCUGAUCAGAAGGUCGGCGGCACCCCCGUUGCUUGGUCCCAGCUCCUGCCAACCUAGCAGUUCGAAAGCACGUCGAAAUGCUACCGGUAGUAGAUAAAUAGGAACCGCUACAGCGGAAAGGUAAACGGCGUUUCCAUGUGCUGCUCUGGUUUGCCAGAAGCGGCUUUGUCAUGCUGGCCACAUGACCUGGAAGCUAUACGCCGGCUCCCUCGGCCAAUAAUGUGAGAUGAGCACGCAACCCCAGAGUCAGUCGUGACUGGACUUAAUGGUCAGGGGUCCCUUUACCUUUACCUAUGUAGUAGGAUAGUAACAUCACUUAUAUCUAUCACUGUGCCAUACAGAGCGUGCUCACGUACGGUUUAUGUGUGUGGUACGGAAGCUGUACUUCCCAGGACAGAGCAGGGCUGUGUAGAAUUAUUAAAACAGCAGAGAGCAUUAUUGGCUGCUCACUCUCCACCUUAGAACAAAUUUACACCACCAGGUGCCAUAAAAAAGCACUAGAUAUAUCAAGAUAUCCAACGCACUAAAAAAGCACUAGAUAUCCAACGCACCCUGGUCACCAUUUCUUUCAGCUCCUGCCAUCGGGACGGAGAUAUAGAACUAUGCAGGCAAGAACGAGCCGUCUCAGGAACAGUUUCUUCUCUAGAGCGAUUUUGGCCUUAAAUGGAAAGCCUGGACUUUGAAGUCUUAUUUUACUUGUUAUUUUACUUGUUAUCUUAUUUUACUUGUUAUUUUGUAUUAUAUUUACUGUUUUUUAAUUAGGUUUUUAUAAUUUUGGAUUAUGCGGAAUGCUUUAUCGGAGUGGAUGUAGCAACCGAGUAAUUUUGUUGUUCCCGCAAGGGGACAAUGACAAUAAAGAUAUCUUAUAUCUAUAUAAUAAUGGAUAGAAAUGAAAGUUAAGUAAAGUCAAGAAAAAAUGGGCUGGGGGGGAUGGGCAAAGGUGCAGU